AUGUCGACGGACAAGGCGGCCGCUUUCAUCGGCGGAAUCAAAGUGUCCAAAGCAGGGGCAAUGAAUCACGUCCCGAUUAGGACUGUGACGUACCGCGCAUCCACACAGCCGGCGCUGUCGUCGGCGCCGCACCAGUUUGCCGACCAGCUCGCCACCAAGUCGGAGCUCAAGAAGAAGGAAGUCCUAUCGAUCCUGCAGAACCUUUCCGAGAUCGAUGCCAGCGGGGUCACCGCCACCACCGGCAAGCCCUUUGACAGCUUUUGUAAGCUCAUGAAUGUAGGCUUUGAUGCCAAAGCAAGUCAAAAGCCUGCUACCAACGGUGGCGUCCGGAUGAUGUUUGAGGCUGCACCAAUGGCAUUGACAGCGUUGCUCAUCACAGCAGCUCAGCGAGUGCAGCGCUGCACCGACGAUCCGCUCCAGCAAUCGAUCUUCGUUGAUGACCGCGCUGCUGCGGUCACGACGGCGGAGGAUGCGAAGAUGAUGUGGGGCACAUGGUAUGCUGCCGGGCCUAGUGGCAGCUCGCCGCUGAUUGCCGCAUUGCGCCGCGCUACAACCCCGCGGUUGGCGCUGAAGGACCAGGCCCGCGAGCCGCCGCCAGAGCCAGUGGUGGGACCACAGGCAGAAGCGGCACGCGCCUUGCUGGAUCUUGGUGCUUCGCCGUUGCUCAACGCGGCGGAUGGCACCAGUGCCCUCAUGCUUGUGGCAGCACUGGAUGACGAGGAGCUGCUUCAGCGGCUGCUGGCUGCCGGCACGGAGUUGGAUGCCGUCCGCGGCCCCAGCGAGGCGCUGGCAGUGGUCGGAAGCCAGCCUCAGGACUGGAGAACGAUCGAUGACUUGCUCAUGCACAUGGAAGGCACCUCGCAGCCACUGCCUCCGAGUGUCCUCUGUCCUCGGGGACAUUCCAUGGAAAGGCUCUGCAAAUCCCGGUGCCACCGGAGACCUCAUUGCGACAGCUGUCGAAAGCAGGAGCUCCACAGCAGCCCGGUGUACUGGACUUGUUGGCCCUGUGACUACGACCUGUGCAUCGACUGCGCGCGGGUACCCCGCUUGGUGCAGUUCCGAGAAGGGUUCGACCCACUUGCGGAGGAUGCCGCGGCUUCGCUGCCGGAGGGGACGCCGGAGGUGCUGAGGAGCCCGUCCUUCCUGACUACCAGGAUGGAUGGCUGGACUGCGCUGCACCAUGCCGUUGUCGCGGGCAGUGAGAAGUCAGUUCGGCAACUGCUGGAGAGGAAGGCCGAUCCGGCACUGGCGGAUGCUCGCGGCCUCACUCCCCUACACUGGGCGGCCUUCCUAGCCAACGGCGCCAUUCAGCCACUGAUCGAGUGUGGUGCUGCUGUGACAGCGCUGGACCACGAGGGCAGGCCGCCUUUGUCGCUCGUGCCCACCGAAGCUUUGAGAUAUGCCUUCCUCGCGUUGGAGUUCGAGUUCAAGGAGCUGUGCUGUCACGAACUGCGCGUGGUGGGUUCAGGCCCAGCAGAUGGCGUGUACACGCAGGUCAAGCCUUCCCAGCCUCAGGCUGCGCAAUCCAGCUCUCCAGUGGAGCCGGCUGUGCAAGCAGCCUCAGCCUCUGCGGCCGAGGGGGCUGAGCCGAGCGACUCGCCACCUCCGCCUCCCCCAGCCGAGGAGAUGGGUGAAGCAGCCGCUGUGAGCGCAGAAGCUGGCGAGGCUGCCGGUCCCGGCGAGGCGGCCGGUGGUGGCCAGGCGGAUGGGGCCGGCGAGGCUGGUGGCGCUGUCGCCACAGCAGCUGCAGCUGGGGUUCCACCUGACGAGGUGGUCCCUGUCCCGAGCAGGCCUCGAUACCAGAGGACUGACGGUGUGCCGUUCCUCAUUAAGUGGGAAGAAAAGAAUGGCUGGGGACUGUAUCAGACAGCUCCCGGUCCGGCAGGAGCGGAAGCAUGUGUCUUCAAGAGCAGCAAGGACACGCGGUAUUGCCCAAUGGACGGAUGGGCACCUGACGAGCGUGUGCAGCUGGAAGAGACGCCCAAUGUGCGCGUGGAGGAAGUGGCUCCUUACCGAUGGGGCAUCCUUCUCUUUCAGGCGACGCCCGCUGAACUCUGGCGACCAUGCUUGAAGGAGGAGGUGCAGGCUCUGCCCGAGCUGAAGCAGAUAACCUCGGUAAGCCGCAUCUUCAUCCCCGGCCUUCCUGGGAUGCAGAUCUCGCUUUCUGCAGCGGGUGGCGUCGAGGGCAUGCAUCAGCGAGCCCUGGAAAUGGUGAUGCGCGGCAUGGACGAGCCCUCUUGUCCGGUGGCUACGGCAACUGCAGGAGCACAGGCAGGUGCCAUUGCCGAGCUGGAUGAGAUUAGAGCCUCUGUUCAAAACCUUCCGGCAUUCCUUUUCCUUGUGAACGUCCGGCGGGCCACGUUCUUGCUGAGCCAAUUCCGCUGGAGAGAUGCUGGUGAUGCGUUUUCGGACGCGGUGAAGGUUUACCGUUCUGUGGGAAGGCGAGCUUUGUGUCCAUCAUUGUCCUUGAACUCUCACCUCUGCUAUAUCCGUGCGGGAUGCGAAGAGCGCGCUGCUGAGAUGUUGGCCCUGUGUCGGUCUUAUCGCGAGGAGAAGAAAAAGUGGUCCCCCCUUGAUCGUAUGUCGCUCCGUCAAGCAGAAGCUGCACAUCGCCAAGCGCAGGUGAACGCUACAAGCUCCUCAGCAGGUGACGAAGGUGGUAAUCCGGAGGCAGAGCCUGACGAGGACGAGGUGCCCGGCUCUGAUCAGCUCGGCAACACAAGUUGGCGCCCGAUUCUUCUGCUGUACCAGAAGAUCUCCUGCAUCUACCGUGGGGUGAACUUCAUGAAACCGGCGGCGGCCCAGGAGUUCCUUCACAUGGUGCAAGAAGAAGCACAAAAGCACGAAGACGCAGAUGGUCGGUGCAUGGCCCUUUGCAUCCAGGCAGAGGCGAUGCGCCAGUCGGAAGACUGGGAUGAAGCUUUGCGCCUGGCCGGGGAAGGUGUUGCUUUGCAGCCUGAGCUGACCAUGGCCGGCUUGAAAACAGGUAGCCUCCACUUUUGCCAUCUGGUCCUGGCCUACUCGCACUACGCCUUGGGCCGCCCGAGCCUGGCGCAGGAGGCACUGACGAAGCUGUCUUCAUUGAGCGUGGGAGACCACUUUUUCCAGAAGCAGGUGGAGUUCAAGGCAACCCAUCUCCGCUUCCUCGUCGGUGCCGAGUUCGAAGAGAGCUACCGAGAAAUCUCUGUCGCUGCACGAAGCAGAGAGCGAUUGGUGGUGGAAGUUCCAGAAGGAACUUCGAUCCAGUGGGAUUUUAUCCUCAGCAAUUACACUGUCGAUUUCGUUGCAAUGUUCACGCCCGCAACUGCAAAAGAAGGUGAUGCCCCUCAGGAGCUUCAGCGUGUGGAACAGCACCAG